AUGGCUCCCGCACUAGCUCAGCAGCUGCCGCAAUUUUGGAUGGCACUGCAGUCUGGCCAGGCAGCGGGCCAGAUCGCGAGUAUCCACCAUGAGAGCGGGAUGGCGGUGGCAGCACUUGAGCACAAGGAUGCCGAACGUGGCCAAGACGAGGUCAACAGGUCUAAGGAAUUCCUGGCUAUGGAGCAGAUAAACGUGGGCGCCUGCCUCCCUGAGCACCUUCCCGCCUAUGUCUACCACCUGGUAGUACCGACAGGCUCCUCCACCUUCAUCCGCCCACCACAAACCCCAAAAGCAAUCAAGGACCCUCAUCAAGCCACCAUCGAGAGAAGCCGUCGUGAGGAGGAAAGAAGAUCCAAGCUUAUGACAACGAGCAACAUGUCUUCCUCCUCUUCACGCACACCCACACCGGUCCCCACCCCAUACGACUGGAAGGAUAUCACUCCGGAGAGACCGGAGGACCCUCGCCAACUUGGGGAGCUGAUGGAUGCCAUCGGCCCGGGAACCACCCCACCUAACACGCCCAUCUGCAGUACUCCGGAUCCGAGAGCCAAGCCCGUUGACGACAAGUGGGCCAUGCAAGUCAUUCGAGCCGAGGACUGGGAGCGGCUCCGCGCCGAGAUGGCCCGUCUUGACGCCGAGUGCGAGGAAUACACUCCAGAUGAAGUCAAGGCUGAGCGCCUCAAGGCCGAGGCCGAGGCGGCCGCUGCCGAGGCGGCCCUCGCUGACAAUGCCGGAGAGGGCUCCUCCAAGCACGCUGGCUCCGAGACCAAGGACCCCAAGGAUGACCCUGCGUUUGGCCUCGUUGAGAGCCGGCCUAAGUACCCCAAGCACCCUACUUCCCGACCCUUCAUGGUUCGCCCCGCUGUACCCGAGUUCGACGCCGUCCUAUACAUGGGCUCCAAACUCGACAUCCAGUGGCGCGGCAACUCGCUUAGAUUGAUCAAGCUGUCACAAGAUGAGUGGAUCCUCAAAGAGGCCCUCACAGACUUCCCUCUAUUCACUCUUCGCAAGGAGAUGAUUGGAGGCCCGUUGCCAUGGAAGAAGUACCCCAUCGUCUACCUGUACGAGGGUUCGUACUUCGAGAGCGACAAGCCGAGCCCCGUCGGCUCGUUCCGCGUCAAUGGCAAAGGCGAUAAAGCGAAGGACUUUGUCAUCACGGUCAUGCCUAAGAGCUUCCCCAAGGCAGACCAGCGCUGGUGGAAGCCCGAGAGUUUCCGCAAGAUUGUGCACGCCCCGGAGCACAAUGGCUACAGUCUCCCUCUGUUCUGCGCGCGCCACAGGGGCAUCUGCGACGCCCACUGGUUCCGCGUCCCCAUGGGUCGUUGGACCGACGCCGUUCACAUGGAGAUUCCCAUCGUCUGGCGUGCUGGCAAAGAUCACUGCGAGCUCCUGCGCCACGAGUUCGGCGACUACCCCAGACUCGUCGCCCGCUGGUCUGGUGGCAACAUCACUGCCCAACCUCACAUCCCCUUUGCCGAAGUGCAGUUCCUCAUGGGUGUCUCCUUCAAUAGAACGCUGGGAGACCCCUUCGUCCGCCUCACGGCGCUGACUGCAGUCAAGUUUAUGGGUGUCUGGGACUUCGACACCGAGAUCCAGAACCGCUAG